AUGGGAGCAUGUUCAUCAAAACAACAAAAAAAGCCAAAUAAUAAUAAUAAUAGUACAAGUAGUUUGGGAUCGGUGGGAGGAGCCAAUAUAUCACAACAGGCGUUGGAAAAUCAAAAACGUCAUGAACUGGAACACAAGAAUAAUUUGCAUCAGGUAGCCAUCAAUUGGCGAAACAACACGAUUGGCAUAUGGAACCGUACACACGACAAAUUGGCGAUUCACACUGAUAUCCCACGUCUGGGACACAAGAUUGAUAUCAUUGACAAACUGGACCGUCUCAACAACAUAUCCUUCACAUCCGUGUCGAUGGGCGCCAGUCAAUCCAACAUGAGCGACUCGCCAACCUAUGUCAGCACCAACGACAUUACAAUUGCUGCAAAGGUUCAUAGUGAAAAUAGUAACAUCAAUGGAAAUGGUGCAAGUAGUGAUGAUCUCUCCUCUCAACAACAACAACAACAACAACUAUCCAACGGUGAGACAUCCAACAACAACUUUACAGAUUCAACAACAAUGACAGCAGGAGGAAGUUUUGUUACAGCACAAGUCCUUAAAAAAGAAGAGGUUGUUUUACAGGUCAUGUUGGCAUUGGCCAGAUUGCUCGAUGGCACAGACAAGGAGGCACAGAUACGCAACCAAUUCCACAACUAUAUCAAGGGUGCUGGUGACAUGUCACAGCAACUGUUACAGUUUUUGGAGCAUGUUGUUGGCGAGGAGUCUCGUAUGAUGCAACUGCUCAAGGUCUGUCACCAAAAGAUUAUCCUUCCAGCAUACUAUUUCAUCAAGGCCAACCUCUUUGAGGAGCUGCCAUUCCGUGACAAGCGUGGCUCAUGGAGACUCAAGAUCACGUUUGAAGAGGAUGGCACCGUCUCUGCUGUACAUUCCAAACGACAACAAUCCACUGCCGGAUCAGAAAAUGACCCUGAAUUCGAAUUUGAAUGGUGUUUAACCGCCAUCUAUGACAAAGAAAUGAAUAUUACUAACCUCAAGAUCGACGUUGUCGACCUCAUCAUAUCCAAAAACAUUAACGAAUCGAAAAAACAAGAAAUACAACAAGCCUUCUCAACACUUCAAUUGGCAACAACCACUUCAAAUAGUAGUAGUGAUUGUUUUAAAUUGGUUUCAAAUCCUCCUCCUCUAAAUAAAUUUGUUGAAUCUUAA